AACAUGGAUCAAGUCAGUGGUUAAAUCCUGAUGCACAAAUAUCCAACAUAUUUCAUGACAAUACUUGAUUCAGACAGCAGACUUAUCAAUUUUGAAAAAUACAUACAAUUUGCACACAUCAAUUGUCUUCCUUCUAGUCAGGCUGUUUAUCAGCGUACAUUCACACAGCAGUGAAAGAGACAAACAACAAAUAAUAUUAUAUUGCAAGAGCAUUCAAAGUGUUUCUGAAGUAAAUGUUGCAACAACAUGUAUUUAAAGUAUCACAGGUAAAUGUGCACAGCAGCCUCUGGUGCCGCUAUCAGAUAAAAGUAGCUGAUUAAAUUCAGAGAUUGACAUCUGAACUGUGCAGGAGUGGAAGUAUUAGGUAGCAAACAAUGGAAACAUGCAAGUAAAGUACGAUUAUCUCAGAGCUGUUCUCCAGUUAAUGUUGCUGCAUUCACACAAGCUAAUGUUUGUACACACUGAUGACCUCACACUCACGAGUAACAGCGAUAAGAUAAACGGCGCUUUGGAAGAAAAACUGUUUGUUGAGAAAAUAUUUUUGCUGUUAAAUCGCAUUUUUUUUUGCGUGUGAUUUCAUGUAAUGGACGUUGAGUUAUUAUGUUGCUCGGCAACAGAUACAUAUCCAACACAUGCGGCGGGUAAGACCCGUGUGUCAGCUCAGAUUAAUGGCGUGUUUGUCACGGCGGUGUGGAAGACUGGACCUGUGGUAUGAAAGACCUCAGUGCAGACGCCGCCAGGAACAACAAGUCAAAAAGCUCAAACGUCGAAGUUUACGGGCCAUCCAGACUGAUUUACUCUUCACUGUCACACAGGCUGAGAUUCUUAGUGUCCUGAGUCAUAAGAACAUCAUUCAGUUUUAUGGAGCCCUGCUGGAAUCUCCCAACUAUGGCAUUGUCACAGAAUAUGCCAGUGGAGGGUCUCUGUACGAGUACCUUUCCAGUGAGCAGAGUGAGGAGAUGGACAUGGAGCAGAUCAUGACGUGGGCCAUACAGAUAGCCAAAGGGCUGCAUUACCUCCACGCAGAAGCUCCAGUCAAAGUCAUUCACAGAGACCUCAAGUCACGAAACGUGGUGAUGACAGCAGACAAAGUGCUGAAGAUUUGUGACUUCGGGGCGUCUAAGUUCCUGACCCACACCACCCACAUGACGGUGGUGGGCACUUUUCCCUGGAUGGCUCCAGAAGUCAUCCAGAGCCUGCCUGUCUCAGAGACCUGUGAUACCUACUCCUAUGGUGUGGUGCUGUGGGAGAUGCUGACUCGGGAGGUUCCUUUCAAAGGUUUCGAGGGGCUGCAGGUUGCGUGGCUGGUGGUGGAAAAGCAAGAGAGGCUGACCAUCCCCACCAGCUGUCCAGCAAGCUUUGCAGAGCUGAUGAGGAAAUGUUGGCAAGCAGACCCAAAAGAGCGUCCACAGUUCAAACAGGUGCUGGGAACCCUGGAGACCAUGGCCAACGACAGCAGGCUACCAGACCAGUGUAACUCCUUCCUACAUAACAAGGACCAGUGGAGGUGUGAAAUCGAGUCGACCCUGGAGCGUCUUCGGAAGCUGGAGAGGGAGCUUUACUCCAAAGAGAAGGAGCUGGAGGAGCGGGAGAGGAGGCUCAGACUGUGGGAGGAGAGGCUGAUGGAGAGGUCCAACAUGUCUCCCAGUCCCACCUCCCUACUCAUGGAGCGCUCAAACAUCUCACCAUUCUUCACACCGAUGUCCAUCGGCUCCUCGGGCUCCUUCUUCCGUUCGCACUCUCAGGACUCCAGCAGCGCGGGGCUCAGCAGCGCGGGGCUCAGCAGCGCUGGGGUCAGCAGUGCUGGCGUCAGCUGCCUCCUUCGCACCCUCAGCAACGGAGACACGGAGAGGGGGAGCAGUGCGGCGCUAGAGAGGGGGGUGGGUUCACUCGACAGCGGGAGGCUGCACGCCAUGCUCCGAGGGUUGCAUGGCAGGUUCGGAGAUGAGGACGAAGAAGAGGAAGGAACCCUGGAGGAGAAAAGCUGGGGGCAGAGGGAGAGAGACGACAGUGGGAGCUUGGAGGGAGGAAGGGUGCAGGUGACCCUCAGGAGCUUCCCAGGGGGUGUCGUGGAGAGGGAGGAGAGGACGUGGGAGGAGGGGGACAGAGAGAGAGGAGGGAUGCAGAGGAGCAGGGUGACAACCAUAGUCCGAGGAUACUCAGGUGCUUAUGGAGAGGCUGAGGGGGAGAGGGAGAAGGAGGGAGGAGGAUGGGAGAUAGAAAAGCUGGGGGACAGGCUAGACGAGGGAGGGAUAGAAGGAGGGAGGCUGCCGCCCAUUUUCAAGGGUCUCCAUGGGAGUUUGGGGGACAUGCUGUCCUUAGACAUGAACGAGAUGGGGGACGACGUGGACAUGGAUAUGGGGGACCUGGGAGGGAUGAAGGUCGUAGGUCACGGUGUCAGGAGCGAGGUGGGGGUCAGGGGUCGCAGGAGUGACAUGGGAGUCGUGGUCCAGGGAAUCAGAGGCGACCGCAGCGAGGCCAUCAGCCAAAAGAUUAGAGGGGAGGUAGGGGUCAUCGGUCACUCGGGGGUGCAGGUGAGCAUGCGGUCUUCGUCCAAUCAGAACUCUGUGAAGAGCUGCAGCGUGCGACACGGAACCAAGAUCAACAUGGCGACCGCCGCCAUGGACAUGAUGGAGCUCGACUGGUCUGACAGUGACUAAGAAACACACACACAGGAUACACACAGAGGCCAAACUAGAAAGAUUUGUUCGUACGUACAGUAUCUGAGCUACGGUAUGUGCAUUAGGAUCUCCAGCUGAAAAUCAGCUGGUGAACACACAUUUUUUUGUUAAUUCUUUUUUUUUUUUUUUUUUAUUGAAUGGAUGAAAACUACACCCAUGUGUACUGUGAAGUGGGAAGGAGCAAAACGACAAUCAGAGGUUGUCUAUGUCAUGUUGUCAGAAUGACUUCACCUGUGUAAUUUAAUAUGCUAUUAAAAAAACUGCUGCGUAACAUAUUGUAGGAGGUACAAGUGUUAGAGAAAUAACACACUUGAAUGCCGCUCUAAUGAGGCAGCACUUUUUUUUUCCUGCUUAUAAAGAAUCUUGUAGUUUAUAGAUUUGAUUUGUUCAAAACAAGCUUUGACUUCAGUUCUAACUGUGAUCUAGUGUGUGAAUUUUUGGCAUUUCUUUCUGUAUAUUUUAUCAUUUUUCAAUAAAAAGAAAAAACU